AUGAUUACCAGACUGAAAAUCAUUGCCAUCUUCACGUCAGCCAUUGGCAGCUACUGCCCAAAAGAUUCUACCCUAACUACUGAUCAGAAAUUUUGCUAUUUCGCAAAUCCGAAGGCGCUGGUGCGCGAAGAAGCCAUGGUAUAUUGCGCAAAUUUUGAAUUAAAUGGGGCCUCGAUCAAAAGCGCCUCUCAAAAUCGGGCUGUCGUGGAACAAGUGAGGUCGAAAAUGGGGAACGACCUCGACUGGGUUUGGCUGGGUGGCAAAUUCGAAAACGGGCAGCUUUUCUGGAACGAUGGCUCUGAUGUAACCUAUACAAAUUUUGCGAGUGCCCAUCCCUCCGACGGCUUUCUCGUAAUCGACAUUGUCAAUGGCAAAUGGGAUACAGUACCGUCGGGCUGGUUUCCGGUGGUUUGUGGUGGUGAAAAGAAGAAGCAAGCUUGUACCUCUACAAAAUUCGUGUCACCUUGUGAAAAUGAGUGGCUGUACUCUUCGACGACAAAGGCUUGCUAUAAACGCAUCGGUGACUACGGUGGGUUCAAGUGGCCGGAGGCUCGGAGCCGUUGCCAAGCCCUUGGAGCGGAUCUUGUUUCUAUCCAUUCGGCAGAUGAAAACAGGAUUGUGGCAGAAUUGGCCAAUCACUACAGCCACGCUUUGGCGCCGGUGAUAUGGUAUGAUGUGGCUGGGACGUGGAUUGGGGCGGAACGGGCAGGACACGGUAGGAUGAACUUUACAUGGUCGGACGGGACCGAGUUUGACUACGCGAUCUGGGCCCAUGGUUCUCGGACCGAGCAGCCGUACGUCGAGAUGUUCACAGCACGUUUCAACUUCAGCCAGAGCCAAGUCGACGACGCGCUGCUGUACUUGAACCAAUGGAACGAUAUGCAGGAUUAUACGCUCUGUUCCAGUGCUGUUUGCAAGAAAGCUGCUAAAUUC